AUGUCUUUGGUUGAUGCUUACUUCUCAAUCCAAACAUUUUUCAUCGUAUUGAGGGAAACUUUGGAAUCAGCUAUAAUAAUUAGUGUUCUAUUAUCAUUUGUUCAUCAAACAUUUAACACAAACCGAAUUGAUUUAAAACAAAACGAAUCAAACAAUACGGAUGACAAUCCUCCAAAUCUUACAAAUGGACAAUAUCAUGCUGUUAGUCAGACUACUUCGAACUCCACGUCUAUAAGUUUGGAGGAGAAUCAAAAUGAUGAAAAAUUAUGUAAUUUCUUAAAAUUACAAAUUUGGUUUGGCGGAUUAUUGGGUAUAUUAGUCUGCUUAAUGGUUGGAUCAGUUAUUUUAGCAGUAUUUUAUUUUAUUGGAAAUGACUUAUGGUCAGUUACUGAACAUUAUUGGGAAGGAACUUUUUCAAUUCUUGCAAGUAUAAUUAUAUCAGUCAUGGGUAUUAAAAUUUUAAGAGUAAGUAAAAUGCAAGAUAAAUGGAAAUUAAAAUUGGGUAAACUUAUUAAGCUGUCUAGAUUUUUUAACACCAUUGAACAUGCAGAUGAGCAUAUUGUUGUCAAACCUCAUGGUGGUAUUUUCAAUCGAUUUGAAUUAUGGUCAGAAAAAUAUAGUAUGAUUAUUUUACCUUUUGUAACUACUUUAAGAGAAGGUUUAGAAGCUAUAGUGUUUAUUGGUGGAAUUGGUAUAAACGAAAAUACAUCAAUCUGGGCAAUAGUAAACGCAGCUAUAGCUGCUCUAAUCAUUGGUUCAUUAAUUGGUGUAGCCUUGUAUCGUUCUGGUAACACUUUAUCUUUACAGUGGUUUUUAAUAAUUUCAACUUGCUUCUUAUAUUUAGUUGCAGCAGGAUUAUUUUCAAAAGGGAUUUGGAAUUUCGAGUUACAACAUUUUAUUGAUCAAUGUGGCGGUCAGGAUGUAAGUGAAACAGGACAUGGACCAGGCUCUUAUGAUAUUGCAAAAAGCGUUUGGCACGUCAAUUGUUGUAAUGGUGAAAUGCAAGAAGAUGGAGCUUUUUGGAUGAUUUUUACUGCUAUUUUUGGAUGGACAAAUUCAGCGACAUAUGGAAGUGUUAUUGGAUACAUACUUUAUUGGGUAGUAAUAAUUAUAGCUUUCACAUCUUUGACUUUUGAAGAAAAAUAUGGAUACUUACCAGUUAUCCCCAUUAGUUGGCAAAUGAAAAGAAUUCGAAAGAGAGUUGAUUUAUACCAACAAUUACCUAAUGAUCAAUCAGAUCCAAGACUUACAAGGGUAAGUGUUGAUUCCAUCAACUCUUCAACUCCGUUACAAUAA